GUCUGUGGUCCCCUCUGCUGUGGUGGAGCAGAGCCGGAAGCCAUGUGCCCUCACCAUCAGCAGCAAGCACCACAGGCUGCUCCGUAAUUCUCCACUGUCUUCAGAAGCCCCAGGAGACCAAGCGAUGGCAGCAGCCGGACUUCUGCCACUGCCGGCCAGACCACAGCCCCUGUUGUUCCAGGCCAAAGUGACCUUCGAGGAUGUGGCUGUGCUCCUCUCCCAGGAGGAGUGGGACCGCCUGGGGCCGGCACAGAGGGGCCUCUAUCGAAAUGUGAUGAUGGAGACUUACGGGAACGUGGUCUCACUGGGACUUCCAGGAUCGAAGCCAGACAUCAUCUCCCAGCUGGAGCGAGGAGAAGAGCCAUGGGUCCUGGACAAGCAGAGGGCUGAGAAAAGCCAGGACCUGGGGAGUGAUCCCUCAGACAACCUUAAAUGUGACCACACUACAGCCUGUAUGCAUCAAGACAGUUUAUCUUGUCCAUGGGAAUGUGAAAUCAAGAGAGAGAACCAAAUGACAGACUUGAGUCUAAAGCCUUUAAUUCCAGAAGAAAUAACCAAGAUUCUGGGGAAAACACCUUUGGGGAAGAUUGACCAAGAAAAUAAUGAAAAAAGCUUAUGUCUGGAUCAAAACCCUGUUAGCCACCAUAAGAUUCAGAUUUUGAGUGAGACCAUGCCACUCACUCAGCAGCAGGUGGUUCCUGGAGGGGAGAGACCCUACAUGUGCACUGAAUGUGGGAAGUGCUUUGGCCGGAGCUCCCAUCUGCUUCAGCAUCAGCGAAUCCAUACUGGAGAGAAGCCCUAUGUGUGUGGGGUUUGUGGGAAGGCCUUCAGCCAGAGCUCAGUCCUCAGCAAACACAGGAGAAUCCACACAGGUGAAAAGCCAUAUGAGUGUAACGAAUGUGGGAAAGCUUUUAGAGUGAGCUCGGAUCUUGCUCAGCAUCACAAGAUACAUACGGGAGAGAAGCCUCAUGAAUGUCUUGAGUGUCGGAAGGCCUUCACUCAGCUGUCUCAUCUCAUUCAGCACCAGCGAAUCCACACAGGAGAGAGGCCAUAUGUGUGUCCAUUGUGUGGGAAAGCCUUCAACCACAGUACCGUCCUGCGGAGCCACCAGAGGGUGCACACUGGGGAGAAGCCUCACAGGUGCAGUGAAUGUGGGAAAACCUUCAGUGUGAAGAGGACGCUAUUACAGCACCAGAGGACUCACACUGGGGAGAAGCCCUACACUUGCAGUGAGUGUGGGAAGGCGUUCAGUGACCGUUCAGUCCUCAUUCAGCACCACAAUGUACACACUGGGGAAAAGCCCUAUGAAUGCAGUGAGUGUGGGAAGACCUUCAGCCACCGCUCUACUUUGAUGAACCAUGAGCGCAUCCACACGGAGGAAAAACCUUACUCAUGCUAUGAGUGUGGAAAGGCCUUCGUUCAGCACUCACACCUAAUCCAGCACCAGAGAGUCCACACAGGUGAGAAGCCCUAUGUGUGCAGUGAAUGUGGGCAUGCCUUCAGUGCACGCCGGUCUCUGAUCCAGCACGAGAGAAUCCACACAGGUGAGAAGCCCUUCCAGUGCACAGAGUGUGGCAAAGCCUUCAGCCUGAAAGCAACCCUGAUUGUGCACUUGAGGACCCAUACAGGCGAGAAGCCUUAUGAGUGCAACAGUUGUGGGAAGGCCUUUAGCCAGUACUCAGUGCUGAUCCAGCACCAGCGGAUCCACACAGGUGAGAAGCCCUACGAGUGUGUGGAGUGUGGGCGUGCAUUUAACCAGCAUGGGCACCUGAUCCAGCACCAGAAAGUGCACAGGAAGCUGUGAUCCAUGUCACACAGGAAUCCACACUCAAACCACCCACAGGACCACAGACAGCUUUCAGCUUGGAAGAGGCUUCUGUAAAUUCUAGAUGAAGCCUUUCUUUGGUAGUUCAGUGUCACAAAAUAACUCCAAAAGGAAGCAUUGAACGUGUUCUUCCUGUGACAGAACUUUAAAGGGUGCCCAUUUUGUUUUUGUUAACAUUAUGUAGUUUUAUUAGAAAGUUUGGUGAAGACAGCCAUAAUUCAUUCAUUCUUUAAAAUUAGAGAGCUUAUUUGAAGUGAAUAAGGGAAAUUAAGACAAGGACUAUUGCCCCAAUAAAACUUUCUUAUAUUUCAAAUAAAGUACUUAGAACACUA